AUGAGUGAGAUUGAAGGUAAAGAGAAUGAAUUAGAGGUAGGGUUGCCUCCAGACAUUGUCCAAGCUGCUUUACCAUUUUUGACUACUGAUGAUAUUAAGAACCUGUCGCAAACGAACAAAUACUAUAACACGUUGCUAGAUUUUGACCACUCUAAAACUUUGUGGCAUGAAUUAUUUCACAAGGCAUUUGGUACACUGAGAACAAAUGAUGAACCUUUCCAAUGUCAAAAUUCAGCCGAGUUCAAGACUUGCACAGAAAGCAUUUUAAGGGAAGCAUACCCCGAUUUGUCUUGGCAAGAUAUUUAUCAGUUACGGGCAUACGAUGCCAAGUUUUAUAGUUGGGGUUACUUAAAGCACGGAAGGUUAGGGUUUACUGGCAGUUCAAAUAGUGAAUUGGCAGCUACAUCAUUAAAUGGACCAAGUCCGAGAUUUAAAUAUGGUGUUAAUAUCCCUACGGAAGUUCCGUGGUUCAACAGUAGAACCAGGUCCAGAAGUGGCUUUUGUUCUCCAGAGGAUUCGUUAAAUGCAAUCAAGAAAGACGGAGAUGAAAUUAUAGCUCAAGUCUCCAGCGGGGGGUUUUCUUUUCAAAUACUGACUGAAUCCGGAAAUUUAUAUAGUACUGGAUCUACUUUCUCUGGGGGCUGCAAAGGACCGGGCCCCACUGGUUCACAGCAUGAUUACAAUCCCUUUAGAGAAAUGAUUCACAAUAUGGAGAGGUCCUAUCCUCGAAUCACAAGUCGUAGUAGUGGGGGUACUGUAAACACCACAGGGACAUUUCACGGAAGAAGAAUGAGCAACAGCCAUCCAUCCACUGUCCAUGAACCAGGAGAAAGACACUCAACUUCAGUUCAAACCACUACUACUGACAGGGGACAAGCACAAGUGCCCAGUCCCUCUCCCGGAAGAAACUACGGUGGUGUGCCCAGAACUACCAUGCCUGCGAUAGGGCCUCAUGAUAAUAUUUAUAGCGAAAUAGAAAUGUUAGAGCGAAGCGCUACCAAAGCAGUUCCGGGAAAUAAUCAUAUUAGGAGAGUUUUUGCAAGAAACUCCUUUCCAUUGUACAGUAGUAGCGAUGAUAAUUUGGAAACGUUUAAUGAUAUUCAAUAUGUUGCUGUAACUUCUGGAAGAAGCCAUUUUUUGGCAAUGGACAGAGACAAUAACAUCUACUCAUGGGACUCCCCAGAAUCUGACCAAGGUGUUAAAAUCGAGUUUGCAAAUAUGCCUAGCCGGAUAACGAAUCCAAUUCUGAAAAUUGCAUGCGGUUGGAAUUUCAAUUGUUGCUACAUAUAUAAGGUUGGGCUAGUCGCAUGGAGCGAAAGAGAGGCUGUUGAAAAAGGUAAGAGCUUUUCUUUUGCAAAAUAUGAAAUUAUCCCAAAUACCAGUGAUAUUAAUGGCAAUUCUAGGGUCAUUGAUUUUGCAUGUCUACAAGAUAAUUGUGUUUUCUAUAUCAAUAACGAUGGCGAUAAAUUAUGGAAGUAUCACCAUGGGUUGAGCCAAGUGGUAGAUCUGAACAUUGUUGGUAGGUUAUGUAAGAUUAACGUCUGUUUUGCCGCCUUGAUAGUAUUUACUGAUACCCAUUGUUAUACUUUGAAGAUUUCAAAUGGAGAUGUUGAUAAAGAAAGCUUAACGGAAAUAGACAUAGAGGAAAAGGUUAUAUCCGUGGCAAGUGGUGACUACCAUACCGUCGCGCUAACUGAAUCUGGUCAUUUGUAUUCUUGGGGUGUAGAAAGCCAAGAUUGUGGAUGUUUAGGGCUCGGUCCUUCUGAAAGAAUGGUUAACGAAUUACACAUUGGCAAUUGGGAAGGGCAAAGGAAUAUCAAGGUGGUCAAGCCCACCAAAAUAGAGUUACCUGAAGAAUAUAUUUGUGUCAGUGUAACCGCCGGUGGCUGGCAAACUGGAGCAUUAAUUAUCAAAAAAAAUUGA